AUGGUCUACAAAAUCCAUGACUUUAUCCAUAUUUUUCCAGAAAGAUACGGGCCUUCAAAGGAGCUGAAAUCCCCGCAGCUGGAGAAACGCCUCGAGACGGGAUCAGUGGUGGAUGAGCUCCGUUUGGCCGGCGAACGUUUGCACUACCGACUUUUGAGGGGCGCAGGGCCGCCGGAAGGUGCUUCUCCCAGUGGUUGGGUGAGUUAUCCCAGCAGAUCAAGACUUGGAGAUACUUCGAUUUUCUCGUCGGCUCAAGCCGCUUGCUCAAGCCUACUGUACGAGACAUGUUCCAGUGUACUUGGCAUGGCGGCCUCUGGCGGUGAUGAGGGCGGCCCUGUGACUUCUGUGACUUCGGAACGGCCCUGUGAACGUGGUUGCGGACGCGCGUCCUUUCGUCACUACAACACCUGUGUCUUGAUCAAAGACGGUGCUGCACGCACUGCAGCGGAGCAGAGGGCAGUCAUUCCCGAGACUGCAACGCCAGGAGUGCAGGAUUGUAGCCACCCGCCAAAGCGACAGGACUUGAUGAAGACUCUUCAGGAUGGGUGCGACCGAUUUCUGUUCCCGAGGGAAUGUGCCAAGGGGGCUGCGGCAGAAAGAGCUUCGGUGACUUUAAGACUUGCUGCAAGAGUGACUUGGAUGGAAAUCUGGGUUGGCGAUUUGUUGGGUUGGCGAGAGUUGCAGGGCGUUAUCAACAGCGAUAUUGAGCACAAUGAAGGAUUGAUGCCUCCCUGGUAUUGGCGUGUGAUGAGCCGGGAAAGCAAAGCGACUCCAUUCCAUGAAGAGGUGGAGGGUCACUAUGUGCAAAGUUUGGGCACUAAGCUCAUUCAGCAGACACUCGAAACCCGAAGGGUGGUGAAGUGCCUGCGGGUGGAAGAUUCUGUUCUUUGGGACGCGUAUUCGAAGAACAGGGCCGAGAUUCGAAGAGCACAAGAGAACCGCACGUGGAUGUCCUUUUCCCACUGGUUGGCGAAAAAAGAGCGGCUGAGAGUUUCCUUUACUAGGUACCCUCCUGGUAAACUAACAUAG